GGGCUCACUCAAGCGAUGUAAAGCUGAUUCGAGAUAAAUAAAGAAAUUAAUAAUAAUCAAUUUGAAUGGGCAAUGGGCAAAGUUACGAAAAACAAGAUGGUGGUAAAGCAUUGCCCGAAUUGUGAAAAUCAGGUUCCAGUAGCAUGUAAAGAGUGUAGAUGUGGACAUGCAUUCUUCACCAAGAAGCUUCUACACUCACAUUCUGGAGGAGGAGAAGGAGUCUCGGUAGCAGGAGAAGGAGCAGCAGGAGCAGGAGGAGGCACAUGCAUGGAAGAAGAUAGCAGUGGAGUAAAGAGAAGGCGUACUGAGAGAGUGAGGAGGGAGAGACCAGACUACUACAGUGCUAGUGAAUUUGAGAAUCAUCUCAGAAGGAUAUCAACAUCAAAAUCGGGAGAAAAGGGGGAGGACAAAUCAUCAAAGAAGAAGAAACAUAGAAGAGGUCGACCAAAAGGAUCCCAGAAUAAGUCAAUAGAGGAGAUUGAGGAAGAAAGAGAGAAAGAUUUAUAUUCCAACCUACCAACUGAAAAGGCCUUUGUGUAUGCUGUAGUUCUAGCUGAAAUCAAUGAGAAGCUUCAAACGCAGAGUCAGGAAUGGAAACCACCAACUGAUCUACAUCUCAAGAAAAGAUCAAAGAAAACAUGACCAGAAUUGAGAGUGUGAUCGCUCACUCAGUAAGCAAGGAUAUAAAUCUUUCAGACAAACAUCGAUGCGUGGUGUCCAUAGCCUGAUUCAAACUAUUUCACAUCAGAUAGACAUUCUAUAUGGAUACAAGGAGCAUUCUUCUGCAUGAAUGGGCUUGAUGAAUAGAGAGAGAGAGAUAGAGACUCAAAAUGACACAUUUGUGGACAGUGGGGAGAGAAGAUACACUCGGUUUUAAUGUUACAAAUCCUUGAUUGUGUCAUGAAUUGUGAAGCUGCAAUAUUGAAGAUGCCCCUUCCUCCUGGUCAAGGUCAAGCUAGUAACCAUGGCACACAAGAACACAGCUCUAGAGGAAAAUUCACUAAUCUAGGCGUUAUCUUUGUUAUCUAUUUCGCUGUCAACAGAAAUUAAUUAUCUUUCUACUGUCAUCUUUUUAACAUGUAGACUACUGAAUUCUCUCAGUCUCAUAGACUUAAUGCAGGAUCCACCCUGUUCCUGCAGGCAAUAGGUUAACUGAUCAUCAGUAUAUCCUCAGUUUGGAGCCACAAGGGCAUUGACUCAUAUAUACUGGAACCCAGAGUUAACGCCCUUCUGGCACCAAACAGAUGAUACGGCAUCCAGUUCAAUUGUGUUCAUUUUUGCUUUAAAUGUAUUACAUCUCAGCCACUGUGGUGCUGGAGAAUAACAUGCACUGUUUUUCUAUCCAUGGUUAAUGUAUCCAGACAUUAACACACAAGAGGGUGGAAUCCUGACAGGCUUUAGGAUGAACCUAGGCUGAUGAAGGUUGCCUCUGUCAGGUUUCCCUUUUCUAGGCAAUAUGGAGUAGAUUUUAACAUACAGGUGUACAUGUAUUUAGGUACUGGAUAAAGGGAUUUUGUGUGGGGAAUAAGAGGUCGAUGUUCAUGGAGUCCUGGUUACAAUAUAUACUAUUAAAGAUCUGGUCACCCUAAUAAGUUUGUUUAAAAUUGAUAACCCAUUAACUCUGCAUAACUCAAAGAUUCCCAAGUCAAAUUUUCUGUAAGUCAAAUUGAUUAUGCAGACCAAACUAUUCAUGAUUUAACAAAUUUUUUUGCAGUCACAACAGGUUUGAUUUGUGCAGACUUAACUGUUCUUUUUAACACCUCAGAGGGGGGACGGGAGUCAAAGUUGCUACACAUUUGUAUGAAUUCUUCACAGCAUUAAUGUCAUCAUUGUUAAGAUAAGAUGUCACAUUUGCUAAUCUUUCAGAGCUCAGAUUAGAAUUAAUCUGGAAGUUCUUGGGCCUCUUUCAGAUAUGACGCAGCAGAAGCCUGUUUUUUUAUUUUGAUGAUGAUGUAGCAAAGAGCUCAGUGAAUAUGCACAGGAUCCUUGUUGCACUCACUUGCCAUUCAUGUACAUGCUUUAAAAAACAAGCGUUGGUUUACAGCCUCAUAUCUGAAUAAGCCUUAACUGCUGCUUUAGUAUUAUUUUUCAGAUGAGAUUUGGAAUUCAAAGAUUUAACAAAAAUACAUCCUUAAUGC